UUAUAAUAGUACUUCACUAACCAGUAACCACCGUAACACAACGCUUAAAUUACAAGCAUAUCGUCAUUAUCCCCUGACUCAGUAACGAUGCAACAACCACUUUAAUCCUCUCUCUUUACCCUCACUCCAGUAUUCAGACGGACAUUUCAACUUCAAUCUCAAGAAAUAAUGGAGAAGAUUAACGAAGCAUUUGCGAAGGUGAAGAGUCAUCAAGCUGUUGAACGGAUGAAAAUGCUCGUCGGCAUGGAAGUUAGCGAUGAAGAAUCUGCUGCUGUUAAUGCUUCUACUGAUGAAUCUUCCUUCUCUUUUAUGGAUGAUUUUAAUCGUAAUUGUACUUUAUCAACCAAACAGAGAAUUGAAGGCUUUGCCAUAUGCUUUAUUGCUGGGCUGACUUGUACAUUUUUGUCCAUGCUUGUUUUCUUCAACCCGAUAAAGUUUGGUAUCACUUUCACCUUUGGAAAUUUGCUUGCUAUUGGGAGCACAGCUUUUCUUAUAGGCCCCAAACGACAAGUGACUAUGAUGCUUGAUCCUGUGCGUAUAUAUGCAACUGCUGUGUAUCUUGCCAGUAUGAUAAUUGCACUAUUUUGCGCCCUCUACGUUCAUAACAAGCUAUUGACACUCUUGGCGCUUAUCUUGGAGUUUGGUGCUUUGACUUGGUACAGUUUGAGCUACAUUCCAUUUGCCAGGUCAAUGGUCAGCCGAGUCUUGGUCUCUUGCUUUGACACUGAAUUUUAGCUUGAUGUAUGCAUAAACUGCAAACCAGAGAAAGUGGACAUUUUCCAUUGACAGAGAACUUAUGGUGUUCGACACAGAUAUGUCAAUGUUCACUGAUACUUAUUGUGACAAUUUGCUGAGUUUCAACAGUUUUUCAUUAGUGUACAUAUAAGGCGUGUAGAAUUCCGUUAGCAGAAGAAAAUUGUAAAAUACGGUUUUUGCUCAGUUAACUUCUCUUUGUUCUUGCUAGUGUUGUGUAUCCCCGUUGUGAUUUGAUUUUGGACGGCUUGGUUAAGACUCCAUUUUGAAAUUAAUGGAUGUAAUUAUAGAUGAUAGGACAGACUCUAUCAAAUGCCUAAAUUCUCGCCCAUCAUUUUAAUUUUUGCCUCGCCUCACCUUGCCAUGUGAUUUGCUCCUGCAUUACUGAGGAUCCGUUUAACGUGAAGUUAUAAUGUGAGACCACAUCUAUGGUUU